AACGGCGCGGACGUGUCGAACCCUGGUUCCAAUUUCUCCUUGACAAUCUUUGCCAGCGCCACCAAUACCGCUGUUGUUGUUUCUUUGCACGCGUCUCCCGCCAUGGCUACUCCUCGUCCUCGUCCGCCUACAAAGCCAGUUGAUGCUGCCUUUGCCCGCAGUCUCCCUAAGAUUGAGCUUCACGCCCAUCUCACCGGCAGCAUAAGUCGAGACUGUCUCCAUGACAUCUGGAUCACCAAGAAGGCUCGGCAUCCUGAGCUGGACCUCGUAGAUCCACUGAUUGCCAUUCCGCCAGGAAAGGUCGACUAUGACAUCAAAACAUUCUUCCCUCUGUUUUCGUCGUACAUCUACAAGCUUUGCAGCGAUCUACCCAGCAUCGAGUAUUCGACCAAGGCAGUUCUGGAAGAGUUCCAGUCAGAUGGCGUCGUCUAUACUGAACUCCGCACAACUCCAAGGGCGAUGCCUGAGACUGGCGUCACCAAACAAAACUAUGUCGAGACUAUCCUGAAUAUACUGAAGGCGCACAACGACAAUGGAGCAAACACUAUGCGAGCCUUUUUAAUACUGUCAAUCGACCGUCGGAAUAGCGUCGCAGAAGCCGAGGAGGUGGUCGACCUCGCUACCAAGUACCACCCUGCUGGUGUCUGUGGCGUAGACCUCUGUGGCGACCCUGCGAAAGGCGACGUCCGCAUCUUCACGAGUGCAUUUGCACGAGCCAAGGCCGCUGGCCUCAAGAUCACACUGCACUUCGCAGAGAGCGAAGUCUCAGCCACAGACCUAGAGCUGCAGACCCUACUGUCGUGGAAGCCUCACAGACUAGGUCAUGUGAUACACGUCAAAGAAGAAUAUCGGAAUAUCAUCGAGAAAGAAGAUAUUGGGGUAGAGCUGUGCCUAAGCUGCAAUGUCCACGCCAAAAUGAUUACUGGCACUUACUCUGACCACCACUUUGGCAUGUGGCGACAUAGCAAUGUUCCAGUGGCUCUUUCUACCGAUGAUGUUGGCGUCUUUUGCAGUCCUUUGUCGCACGAGUACUAUCUCGCUGCGCAACAUUUUGGGCUCAGCCGCAAUGACAUACGGGCAUUUUGCGAACGAGCUGUAGAUUCAAUCUUCACUGGCACUGUUGAACAAACCCGACUCAAGAGCAUUUAUGUAGAGUGGGCUGGUUGGACAUCCGAAGAACGAUAAUAGUCACUGGAGUCCUUUCCGGAAUAUUUGUAGUGAUACCAUUUGAGGACAAAAUUUAGCCAUCCCACC